GGUGGCAACGAAAGAUAAAAAAAAUAAAGAUUUUAAUGUAUUGAUGUUUUAUUAAUGAUUCAUCGCUAGUUUACACCUGUUUUAUGCAGUCCGUUAUGGUUUAUGGUUUACACCUAAAAAUAAAAUAAAAGGAAAAUCAUGAAUCAGUGCAUUUACCAGCGCUAGAUGGUGUGAUGUCUAUGGUGUAAAGUGUUUUAGAAAUUAUAAAAUGAAGUCUUUACUGCGCCCUACUGGCCGCUGGACGCCAAAGCCUCUCUCAGGGGUUUUUCUCUUCCGGUUGACUCGGUUAUUUCAGCAACGAAAGCGUUUGGAAAGAGUUUCAAUGUACAGUAUUCGUAUAGAUGAAUAACCCAAGUUAAAUGGUUUUUAAUAGUUUAAAGAUGUAGAUGUAAAGAAUUACACAAAUCAAAUAUAUCUGCAUAAACCUGAUAGCUGUGUUGGUGAAUGAUACAAUCAGAAGUGUGUCACAAAUGGACUGUCAACCUCGAGGGAGAGGAAGAGGAAGAGGAGGGCGAGCAAACCGAAAUGAAGAGAGCAGAGAUGUGCGUCUGUCUAAAUCUCUGUCUUUUGCAUAACGCCACGGUGCCAAUAAGAUGGGUCUGCAGAUGAACUCGGAUGGCUUUGUAUUUGUGGACGAACUUCUCACUCAUAAGCAGUUCCACUCGUUUUCACUGGAGGAUGUGGAGCGAGUGGUGGCCACCAACGACAAACAGCGAUUCAAGCUUUGCCACCACCCUGAGGAUGGUCGUCUUCAGAUACGAGCCAAUCAGGGACACUCAGUGCAGGUUACAGAUCUGGAGUUGAGAGCAGUAGCACUUGAUGAUCCAGACUAUCCAAGAGAAGCUGUUCAUGGCUCAUACAUGAAACACUGGCCCUCUUUACGCAGUCAUGGCAGAGUCAUCAGUGAGAAUGGCGUACUCUUGACCCCUGGAGAUGCUGCUGGGAUGUUACUGCCAUGCUAUUUCUCUCGAGCACAAAGACUAAAACCCUCACCUUGUGAACUUGAACUACAUUAGCUGUUGAAGAGGAUCUCCUUCUGAACUUAAAACAAAAAACUGGAGAUGUACAUUGGACUUUCGAAUGCAUUAAAGUGGAAGAUCUGUUUCUAAGAAUUAAUAUCUUCUAAAUAAAAAGAAACACAUUUUUUAA